CUAUCUUUCCCCCUGCUAUCCACCUCCACCGCCCACGUCUCGGCCUCUGGAGGAGUUCUGCAGCCCUCUAACGGAGGAAAGGGGGAACCUUGCUCCUGCGCAAGGGUAAGAAGAAUAUCCUUGAGAGAUCUAAACGGCCUCAGUGGCUCAGGCUUGACCUUGGGGCAAGCUUGGUUCGUGUCCCUCCGUAUUUCUUUGCUUUUCCUCUCAGCCUCGAUUCACUCUAAUCAUACUGGUCGCCCUAUGAAGCCGUUUCACGAGGCCACGAUAGCCUCCCUCCUAAACGUCGACGCCCGUUUCCCCGAUAUCGUUUUGAGGUCGCGACUGGCUUCCAUUUCCCCCCGUGUCUUCCGUGUCUCAUGUCCCUGUCGUCGAGUUGCUUGUUAUCCGAGACAUGGGCAUCUCAGAUUCUACCCGCUGGCCUCAGUUAAGCCACACAGCCUCUCUUUCAUCGUCGUGCCUACUCAAAUCAGUUCUCAGCCAAGCCACAAACGGCUCUGCGGCCGCUCUCAAGUCGGCAACCAAUGGGUUGGUCGUUGUGAAGUCUUCCGAAUGUCUUGAU